ACGACGGAUUUUCUGAGGGGGGCGUUUCAACAUAGAAGAGAAAAGAAGAAUAUACAAGCUGCAUUUCUAUUUUCUAAUUUUCCAAGUAGUUGAUCCGUGUCACUCGACGAAGAUGAACAGGUUUCAUCUUGCCUGCUUGAUGGUGAGCUUGCAGCUCAUCUGUAUCCAAUCUGUUCAAGUUAGCCAAGCGCCAGAGUCGAAAACAGCCUUUGCUGUGUUUGAUGAAAGCAAUGAAGAAUUUGUAAUCGUCCACCACGAACCACCUCGCGACAAAUAUGUUGCUGGGGCCAAAUUUACCAACGCCAUCAAUCAGACAGGGUGGGCUAAUUUUGAAGUCUGGACCAAUGGCAAUUUCCCAGAUUCUGUCCAGUCUAAGGCAGCCGGUUUCCUUGAAGGCUAUCUUACUCACGAGCUCAUUUAUUUCUCGUACUUGAACACGCUGCAAGAUUACUGCAAGGGUCGAGAUGGCUACUGCAGCAAGCUGCGAACCUUUUUGGCCACCAACACCAAAUGGGUUAACAAGAUGUACACCAAGCUCAGAAACACAAGCCCAUUCUGGCAUCAGGUGGGUUUGUUCUAUGAACAAAUGGAAGGCUUGGCAGCAGGCUGGGAAAAAGCAGCAGUGAAUACUGGCCAUUCAAUGGGCACUUAUGGUUUUAUGUGGUUCAAUAUUUUUGGUGAUAUGGAAGAGUUUGAGCAAAUGUUUGCCCCGCAAAAAGCAGGGAAAGAUUGGCGACUCAAUAAAAUUGGCCGACGCCACAUGUUUGCAUCGUGUUCUGCCUUAAUUAAAGUACUUCCAGACGCAUCUGACAUUUACACUUCGCACGUGACAUGGAACGGCUACGAAUCGAUGAUCAGGAUUUUGAAAAAGUAUAGCUUUGAGGUUCAUCGAACGGCAGCUGAAGAUUCGGCGGUUAUUCCAGGCCACUCCAUGUCGUUUUCUUCGUACCCGGGCCUAUUGUAUUCGGGAGACGACUUCAGCGUCAUCUCUUCUGGUCUUGUUUCCAUGGAAACUACAAUCGGAAACAACAAUGUGGAGUUAUUCAAGUACAUCAAACCUACUGGCCAAGUUCUUGAAGGAGUCCGAUCGAUGGUCGCCAAUCGUCUCGCCUCAAGCGGGAAAGAAUGGACCGAAGUCUUUAGCCGUCACAACAGCGGCACAUACAACAACCAGUGGAUGAUUGUCGAUUACAAACUUUUCAAGCCUUUCAAACCCCUUCGUGACGGCCUCUUUUGGGUGCUGGAACAAUUACCGACCCUGAUCGAAUCUCGCGAUGCCACCGACGUUUUGAGAUCGCAAUCGUUUUGGCCGUCGUACAACAGCCCUUAUUUCCCUACAAUUUUCAAUCUGUCUGGGGUACCGGCACUGGUGGAACAGUACGGUGAUUGGUUCACAUACGACAAAACUCCUCGCGCGCUCAUUUUCAAUCGCGAUCAAUCCAAAAUCACAGACAUGGACUCGAUGAUCCGUAUGAUGCGGUACAACGAUUACCGCAACGACCCGCUUUCUCGGUGUGAGAAGUGCGAGCCGAAAUAUUCCGGAGAGAACGCCAUCUCGGCUCGAAACGAUUUGAAUCCAGCCAACGGCACUUACCCAUUUCACGCGCUCAGUCACCGCUCUCACGGCGCCACCGACUGCAAGGUCACCUCGCAUCAGCUCAUGACUUCGCUUGACUUUAUCGCCGUCGGUGGUCCCACCUUCGACUCGCUCCCGGCCUUUCGCUGGAGCGAAUCUGAUUUCGUCAACAUGUCCCACAUCGGCCAUCCCGAUCUAUGGAAGUUCGAACCAGUUCAGACCGAGUGGACACUCUAAAACAAGAAAAAACCGCUGAUGUAUAUCCUCAUAUUCCCAAAUGCAUACUACGAUUUCUAUUUCUAAGAAUACUCUUUAUCCUGUCCUGUCUUGUCUGCCGGUCAGUUUCUAUUUACGGAAAGUACACACGUUUCCCGUAUA